AUGUCUCAAACUGUAAUUGAGAGAUUACGAAAGAAUCUUCCAACUUUAUUGAUUCCUUUUCUCGUUUCUUGUAUCUCGUUUCGAAACCUCUCGAUAAAGAGGAAGAGAGUAGCAAAGGCAACAACGGUGGAGCCAGGCUCGACGGAGGAGCCAUCCCCGACGGUGGGGCCAUCCAACACAACGACGGUGGAGCCAGGCUCGACGGAGGAGCCAUCCCCGACGGCAAUUGAGGGAGAAGGAGUUGAAGAACAACAAGUCCCGGGGACCUUAAGUCCGGUUUUAGAAGAGUCAGACAAGAAUGAAGAAGAAAAUUCUGAGAAGAAUGAGGAAGAAGAGAGUGGCGAAGAAGAGAGCGAAGAAGAAGACAAAGAAGAAGAGAAAGAAGAAGGGAAUGAGGAAGGGAAUGAGGAAGGAGAGGAGUCCUCCGAUGAUGAUGGUAGUAGAUCUUUGGGCGGAGAGUCCUCCUCUGAUGAGAGUAAGAAGGAUGAGAUUGCGCCAGAAAAUCAGCCGGAAAAUGCUAUGGGUAAAACUAUUGUUUAUUGGUAUAACUGGUAG